AAAUGAUUAAAAGUAAAAUCUGAUUCUAUUUCUUUGUGUCAAAACUAUUUUAUUGCCUUUUUAAUCCGAAUUUUAAUAUUUAAGAAAAAUUUGUUUAAAAUUAAUGCAAUGUUUAAGCAUUCAAUGCCAGAACUUUCUAGCCCUGUGGCAGUUGCUGGCAAAACUAAGGUUUUGGCUGAAAGUCAUCAUCCCGCGAAUGUGAAAAAACAGCGCAAAAUAUUUCCUGAGCCUAGAUCAAAAUCAACAAAAAAUGAAAAAUUGUUAAUAAAAAUAUCACCGAUAAGUGAGGGUUUUCGAACUUUUCAAGCGUUAUUGCUUGUUUCCUUCGUUUUGGCUUUGAGCUAUCAUGGAAUUCGAUAUGGCCGUACAGAAUACAGCUUAUUGGAAAAUGGAAAAACAGUAAAUGGUUUUAUAUCUGCCCAUAAAAAAGUCGUCACCCUCAGCUUAGGAUAUUCGGUGCCUUACUCUAUAAUUUCGUCAAUUGCAGCUCUUAUGCUUAUCUUUUCUCUAAUUUCAAAAAGUCCUCGGUGGAGUUUACCUUCGAUAAUUCUCUCAAUGGCAGACCUCGUUUGCGAUGUUGGCGAUGCUUUAGUGGCUUCCUGGUUAUUUUUCGGAAAUCUUCAAUUUUCUACUGCACUUUUUUAUACUGCCUGCACUGCCUUUAUCGUUUUAGGAGAAUUGUGGGUUUGGCUCGGAGUUCUGCGACUCUACGAAUACAGAACAUUCAAAUAAAAAAUUUCCUGUCCUGAAGGAAUCACAAUUUGUAGAUAAUUUUAUACAUAUAAUAUUUGCUAAAUGGAUUUUUUAACUUUCGUUAUACAAGU